AGACAGUUGCCUGCCGCGGCCCGUCAGUCAUUGAGGACGGCGCCGCGCGUGUGGUGCUGCCGCGCGCCAUUACAAAUGCUUUGUGCCCAUUCGAGGAAGGCAGCGCGUAACACAUCACCAGAAUGUGACUAAACGAGUGUACGUCCCCGACGACUUCCCCACAAACUGGACACAACGAACUUCUAUCACUUUCUAAUACGUAUUUAAUUUUCCGUGUGUGAUUCGUUUCAAACUCACGCGAUAAAACGUGUGUGCGUAUAAAUAAAUAAUAAUUUUAUAGUGCGUCCAGCCGUACUCGUCAUGACUAUAUCGUACGCCGGCGAGGUACCAAACGGCAGCAGUUUCGGUUGUUUUUGGAGGAUCCUAUUGAAGUGGCGAGGCAGUGUGUACAAGUUGGUGUGGCGUGAGCUGCUGGCUUACCUCACCCUGUACUACUCCAUCAACCUGCUGUACCGGUUUGGCUUAUCAGAAGAACACCAGAGGAUAUUCGAGAAGGUGCGACAAUAUUUCGGCGCACAGAGCGAAUCGAUCCCGAUGUCGUUCGUGCUCGGCUUUUACGUGAGCCUCGUGGUGAAGAGGUGGUGGGAGCAGUACAAGCUGCUGCCGUGGCCGGACACCCUCGCGCUGUUCAUCUCGGCCGGGAUACCUGGGGCGGUCAGUACCACACCACUCGCUGCACUGGCGAGAAUUGGGUCGCGACAGUACACCGUGUAACGAUGGCUACCUCCAUAUUUAGAACUUAACUGUUUUCUACUAUUUUUUUAAUUUACUUUUUAUUAUAUAUUUGAAAUACCUUAAUUGGAUUAAGGAUACUGCACAGCAUUUCUGCUAACGUUAAAACUACCUUCUUAAUAGAAUCUCAACGACUAACAUUGAACCAUUUUAAUAUCUACCUAAAAGGACGUAAAAGGUCUGAUGAUGAUGAUCCCCCACUGCAAGGGCACAGGUUUUAUGAAUGGUUAAGGAGGUGGAUAAAGGGCAAAUUGUUCUUGCAUUUGAUAUACGAUUAUUACUUAAAUAUCAGCAGAAUUGGUUCACUGUACAUCUACCUACUUUAUAAAACAAUGUAAAGAAGCUACGAUGUUAAACAACUUCUGGGUGUAGAAGCGGCUGAAUAGUGUAUUUUUUAACGACAAGCUGGAAGCACUAGGUUAGUCUGAUUUUAAGAGUCGAAUUGAACCGAAAGAGGCUUUUUAAUACUUACACACGUGUGGUACUCCUAAGAACAUAAAUAUCCUUGCCACCUUUUCUCAAAAUUAUUCACGCAUGCCUAAUGCUAAUUUUGUGGUAUUUCUUUAUAUUCACCAUCGGUCUCUGAUUACAGCUUAAAUCAUAAUUAUUUAUUCUACAUAACUGACUACACACUUGAUGUUGAUAAGUUUGUCCUUAUUAUCGAAAUGGUAGCUAAAGAUCAAUUUAAACCAAGAAUCCUAACGAGUAGUUUAAGUGGUAUUUUUGUACCUCUUCCUCUUCCAUAUUUAUUGAAAGUGGUCAUCUAAAACCCCAGCAUCUUAUCCUCGUAAAUGCUUUGCCCCACAAGGUCCGAAACGAUGUACAGUUACACAUCGUGUAAUGCAAUGAAAUAUUAAAAUAUAGAAAGAAAUCCAUAAAUUUAAAGCGUGUUCUUUGCAAUGGUAUCAUAAUUAUCAUAUACUUAUAAUCUCCAGCAUCUGAAGCAAAUUAAAACGUAAAUCUUAAUGAGGCGUAUGUACUUAUGGUUGCGAAUGUGAUUUUCUUGCCAAGCGAAGGCUCACGAUGUCAAUUUGCCUCAUACAAAUCACAAUUUAUUCUAAUAAAUUGUGUAUAUGCUUCUAGAUCACAGAAAAAAAGUGUUCUGUGGUGUAUAUCAUUCAUCGUAAGGACUUCUUUGAUCACUUUUGCUUUAACUUCAAUAUGAAUAAGAUUCUGUAUUUCGUAUUCAAUGAAGGUUAUAAAGGUUAUAUAAUCAGUAGGUAGUUUAUGAUUUCUUUUUUAUACUAGGUAAAUAUUUGUAAUGGGUUUCCACAUAGCAUUUUUUAUUUCCUUUAAAAUGGAAAAUCCUUUGCUACGAUUGUCAGGAGCUAUUUCGUGUUUAAACUAUAUAAUGGAGAUGUUUUUAUUUAUUUAUAAAAAUUUUAAGCAUUAUUAGGAAACGAAAUAGAGUGAAUUAUGGCAUUAAGUCUGCCAUUAGAACGAUUAAAAUUAUGCAAUAAAGCAUAAAUAAAUAUAUACGUUCUUAUUCGUUUGUAAUGAUAUGUUUUAAUUCUUAUAACGUAAUAAAUAAUCUACACGAUGCCGAACUCCUUUCUCCAACACCAUUUUUCUGAGUAUUUAAAGUUAAGUACAUCUCGUUUUAGUCUUUUUUCGAUUGCGAUCC